GUUUAGCCUCUCCGUGCUUUUGAGUCAAUCACCAUCGGAGCUCCGGUUGUUAUCAAAGUAGUACUCUUGAAAGAGGGGUUUCCCCCUCAAUUGCUUAUUGCAGUUGUCACCAUUUCACUCUUGUCCAUCUCGUGCGGCCUGACUUGUUCAUCAGCACUGUUACUCUACUAUCAUCGUCUUUCACAAUGUCAAAACAUUCAAAGUUCACUCCUGAGUUAUUGAUCACCGCCCCAAGGCCAUCAUCAGCAGUACCGAACGAUGAGGGAAAAGUGGCGAUCUAUACUGUCUCAACAUACGAUCUUGACACCCACGCAGAAUUCUCUGAGGUCAAGCUGCUCAACUUAGAAACCGGCGAGUCCACUCGGUACACCAAUGAUCCCAAGGAGUCUUCGUUUCGCUGGCUGUCCGGUUCGUCACUUCUUUGGCAAAGAGAGGGCAAAAACAACACCGAAUUAUGGAUUGGCGAUGCCUACCACAACACCCGACCAUAUUUGGCUGGUACUAUUGACGCUAAACCAGGGAACUUGAAGACCAAAUCAUUGGACAACGGUGACAUAGCACUGGUCUUCACAGCACCCGCAGAUGCCGAACAGAAUCUGUACAACAUCCUCAAAGCAGACAAGACUCAUACGACCGCCCGGGAAUGGACUCAUAGUCGUCCCAAAAGAUGGGACUCGUAUGUUGACCAAUAUAGAUCGGUUAUUUGGUAUACAGUCCUGAAGCUUGACUUGGAUUCCGGACAGUGGCAGCUUUCUACUAAAGGCCCCGUCAAUGCUCUACGAGGAACAGGCCUAGUGAUACCCCUUUACUCCAACUCACAAAGCUCUCCGGAUCUCGACAUCUCAUCUUAUGGGAUUGUCUUUGCAACAGCAGAUCCAGUGGAUAUGGAAUGGAGACGAUCGCAAAGCUGCUUAUAUUUUCUUCCAUUGUCAACAUUCGAGGAGACCGACUUACCUGCGCUGAAGAAAAUAAAGGUUCCCGAUCAUGCAGAUAUCGUAGCAGCCCCGAGGUUUGCGCCUCGGGACCCAGUGAUCGCUUUUCUAGUUGACCAGGACAGCGAGGAGUGGUCGCAAAAGAGCAUUGUCUUGCUAAACACAGAGACGUUGAGUAUAGUAUCAAUCCUUCGGACGGUAAGUUCAUUCGGUCAGAGUCAGAACUGGGAUGUCUUCCCAGAUGACAUUCUGUGGGCAAAUGACGGCGCGUCUUUGUAUCUGACUGCGAACCAUCAAGCAAAAACUCGUGUGUUCCUAGUGCUUCUCCCGACCACUACUGUUCAAGACAGAGCACAGAGUGUGGAACCAGUUGCUUUAGAGAUCCCUGGCUCCGUCUCAUCACUGUAUCAGCUGGGUCGGAGUUCCUCGGAGAUCCGAUUACUGGCCACCUCUUCAUCAUUCAUAGAUCAGGGAUUGUUCACAAUUGUCACUCCUCCUGUAGACAAUGAACCUGCAUCUCAGAGCAGCCGAGUCAUCCACUCGUCCUCCUCUCACGGAGCCUAUUUCGGAAUUUCGGACAAACAAGUUGAAUCGAUAACAUUUCCUGGCGGCCCAGAUGGCAGGACCCCAGUGCAGUGCUGGAUCGUAAAGCCAUCUUGGUACGAGGGCACGUCGGUUGAAAAGCAUGCUCUAUUCAUCUUUAUGCACGGCGGGCCCCAUUCCGCUAACAAGGACGCCUGGACCUGGCGCUGGAAUGCAGUCCUCCUAGCGGAACAAGGGUACAUCGUUGCAAUCCCCAACUUCACUGGAUCCGACUCGUUCGGGGGCGAAUUUGCACGAGCAGUCGCACUGCAGUGGGGAGGACACCCUUACCACGAUGUCGAGCGCUGUUUCAACUGGAUCGAACAAAACCUGUCGACCAAGUGCGAUGUUGAUAGAGCCGUAGCCGCGGGCGGAAGCUAUGGGGGAUAUCUGGCGCUAUUCUUGGCAGGACAGCCUCUCGCCAAGCGGCUCAGAGCUCUGGUCAGCCACGACGGCAUCUUCGACGUUGUUUCCGAGCUUCUGAGUGAUGAUCUGGGUCAGGUGCAAGAGCUGACGCGCUCCUUCGGUUCGCCAUACUUCUCCAGUGCCCCGAAUGCUGGCCGUGACGAACCCAGCGUAAAGGAGAUCUGGCGACGGUAUAACCCAGCCGAAUAUCUCAGUAAUUGGUCAACACCAUUGCUUCUGAUCCAUUCGGAUCGAGAUUUCCGGUGCCCUAUUACGGCUGCAUCGGCCGCUUAUACCGUUUGUCGAAUGAAAGGGAUAGAUACACGGUAUUUAAAUUUUCCGGAUGAGAACCAUUUUGUCCUGGGGAGGGAGAACAGUUUGGUCUGGUAUCAGAAUGUGAUUGGAUGGUGCAACAAAUAUGUGGGAAUGGAGGAUGGGUUGGCGUUGCAGCCAGCUCGCAAUGAGCCACAGUGGCUGGGGAGAAGGGAAGAGGGGAGAGUACUGGAUGUUGAUGCCUAGAGGCAUGAUUCAUGUAUUUUGUUUUCCCUUCUUGGUUGCAAUCUUCUACUAGUACCGAGUAAGUACCGAGUACAGGUAUGUGUUCAGUUGGCCUGAGGCAUCAAUAAGACCGAUUGACCGACUGACCGACUGACCGACUGACCGCUUACCCGCGGAAGCAACAAAGCAAAGUUGAACGCGGGUUAUGACGCCAUGGCCCAGCAGGGCGUAGUGCGAUCGCUCCAUGUGAUCACCGGCGAGACUUAGCUGCAUGUCCGACACCACUGGCUAU